UCCUGAAAAAAUGAAUAAAGUGCUUUUUAUUGCCUCUAUCUUAGAUCCUCGUAACAAACUUGAGUAUGUUGGCGACGCACUUGAGGAUAUGUUUGGAGAUGAUAAAGGGAAUAAAAUAAAAGAUGAAAUGGUGACUUACAUGAAAUCUAUGUUUGAAGAGUAUGUAGCAAAAUUCUCUAAUGCAUCUCGACGCUCAUCUUCUCUUUUUGAUUUAUCGGGUCAGACAUCGGAUUUAUCUAUAUCUAACAAUAGCACAAAAUCAACAAAAGUGAGAAAUAAGAUCCAAAUGAAGAGGAACAAACAAGAUGGUGCAGGUUUGGGUGGUAAGUCAGAGUUGGAAAAGUAUCUUAGUGAAGAACUAGAGCCGAAUGAUGAUGACGACAAUUUUGAUAUCUUGUCGUGGUGGAAAGCUCAUUCUCCUAGAUAUAAAAUUCUUUCCGAGAUGGCUCGUGAUGUGUUGGCAAUUCCAAUUUCUAGUGUGGCAUCGAAAUGUGCCUUUAGCACCGGGGGCCGUAUUCUUGAUUCAUUUAGGAGUUCUUUGACUCCAAAAUUGGUGCAAACUGUUAUUUGUCUUCAAGAUUGGCGUCGAAAUGAGCCUUAUCCCAUAAAUGUUGAAGAAGAUUUUAAUGAUCUUAUGAAACUUGAACUUGCUAUGGAUGAUAUUGACUUGCAUUGUUCAAGCUGAAAAACAGUAAAAGCAAAUUUUGGACUCUAUUUCCUCUGCUGCUACUGUU